AUGGAUAAAGUGCCGGGCGUCCUCCCGGGCGUCGACUUCUCGUGGUACCGCCACUUUUUGGCAGAGCUGUACAACCCGGACAGGUCCGUCUACGCCAAGGAGCUGGAGGAGGGCGAGCCGCCGGCUACAACGCUGAUGCACGCCGUCGAGUACAACAAGAAGGCCAGCUUCGGCCUCAAGUCGUACUUCCUCCCGAGAAAGCUCUUCCUUGGCGGCGACCCCGCGACGCUGGGCGAAUGGGACGCCGCCAUUGUGAAGCUGAACCCGGACGGCAAGCACCCAGGCCGGGAUGCACUUAUGCACUUCCUGGCCAACAGCCCUGAGGGUCGCCUUAUGAAGCCCAACGUCAUGGGUAUGGACAACGUGACGCCUUCCAAAUCGCGCCUCAAGAUGUACUUCACCUCGCGCCACACCUGUUUCGACUCGGUCCGCGAGGUCGUGACCAUGGGCGGGCUCCGCGACGUCUCCGAGGCUAGCCUGCAGGACCUGCGCUCGCUCAUCCUCGCCGUCCUCGGCCUCCCGGGGGACUACCCGGAGGACGCCGAGUUCGCCCCCGCGUCCGCGAACGGCGGCGACAAGUGGAACGACUUCGACGCGCUAUGCGAGGGCUUCACGUACUUCUUCGACAUCGCGCCUUCGAGCGGCACGCCCGACGUCAAGUUCUACCUACCCACGCGCAAGUAUGGCGCCGAUGACCUGACGAUCGCGAAGAACCUGGUGGCGUGGCUCCGGGAGCGCGGCCGCGGCGCCUACUGCGACCGGUACCUCGCCAUGCUGGACAGGCUCGCCGCCCACCGCGGCCUGGAGAACGGCAAGGGCAUGCACGCGUACAUCAGCUACCAGUGCACCGACAAGGGCGAGCCGGACAUCAAGUCGUAUAUCUCUCCCGAGCUAUAUCACCAGGCACGGUACCUGUCCGCCUGA